GUUUGGGCAAGAAUCUCAAGGAAGAAGCCUCUCCUCCUUUUGCGCCUCCAAAACCAAAACUACAAACUCUCUCGCCCUCACACCGCCAAGAUUCUUCCCUCCCCCCGCCUCCUGCUGCCAUUCCCGCCUCACACAAAAUAAGGAAAAAUGGGGUUUCUCUUUCUUUUUCUCAAGCCCACCACCCCCACCUCCUUCUUCAUCCUCCUCCUUCUCCUCACCCUCCUCCUCUCUUUUCUCACCACACCCACUCGCGCGCACCCACACGCAGCAGCAGCAGCAGCAGAUUCCCAUCUCUCCACCCCAGGCUUCGGUGACAUUGCCAACUCAGCCAACCCAUCUUCCUCACCGCCCCAUCCCCCUCAACUCAACAACGCGGGCCCCACCAGGUCCUCCUCCUUCCGGCCGAGCAUAGCCAUAAUCGUCGGCGUUCUCACCACCGUCUUCUCCGUCUUCUUCCUUAUUCUCCUCUAUGCCAAGCACUGCAAGGGCAGUGCUCUCGUCGUCGUCGGCGCUGACUCCAAUUCCGGACCCUCCGGACCCUCCCCGCGUAAAAACUCUGGCAUUGACCGCUCCAUCGUCGAGUCCCUGCCCGUUUUCCGUUUCGGGUCGCUCCGCGGUCACAAGGACGGGCUCGAGUGCGCGGUCUGCCUGACCCGGUUCGACCAGACCGAGGUCCUCCGCCUCCUCCCAAAAUGCAAACAUGCGUUCCACGUCGAGUGCGUCGAUACGUGGCUCGACGCCCACUCCACCUGCCCACUCUGCCGGUACCGGGUCGACCCGGAAGAUGUCCUCUUAGUCGACGACGCCGCAAAGCUCUUGCAACCGAAGAACAGCGACGUCGUGAUAGAGAUCGAGAACGACCCAGGUUUUCGUCGGAUUUCGGGGCGGCACUCGUUCGCCGGAGAACGCAGACCGGGACAUCAUCAAAUCCAAACGUGGUCGUUUCGGAGGUCGCUGGACAGCUGGACGGCAUUCCGAAAGAAGAGCGAGCAGGCCGCCGUCGGAUGCUUCGACCGACCCAGAAAAGACGGACUCCUGUUGGGUCAACACAGGACGAGGUUGGAGCACCGGAUCAUAGUCUCCCCAACCGGAUCGGGGUAUGGUCCCGGUGGGCUCCACCAGAGAUGGAGCGAUUUACAGCCGUCAGAUCUUCUGUAUCUACGGUCAGAGAUGAUCAUGAGCGAAGGGUUGACACGUCAUGGGGCGCAGCAGCAGAGCGAGAAUGAUAAUGGGCAGCAGGUGAUUGCGGGGCCCGCGGCGGCAGGAGGAGGAGGAGGGCCCGGAGAGAUUGUUGGGAGCAGAAGAUCAUGGAGCGGUGGUGGUGGCAGGAGCGUAAUAAAUUCGAGAAGCGUGUCGGAAAUCACGGGGCUGAGCAGGUUUUCGAGCAGAGCGACGGGGAGUAAUGGGAGCCAACAGGAGCAGCAACAACGACAGAUCAAGCUCGUGGCCAGGUGGCUGGCGUGGGUUUCUUCUCUCUCUCGAUCGGCAAUACGGACGGAGCGUACUACUGUCCCCACCCCCACUUCUCCACUGACCAUUUGUUAGCUUUUGCAGUUUUUAUUUUUUAUUUUUUAUUUUUUAUUUUUUAGAGUUAUACAGAGCGCGCCAAAACUUAGAUGGUAGAGAGAAGAGAAGCCAGUCCACUACCUUCCAAAAUAUCUUUUAUUUUUCACUUUAGUUUUGUUUGAGUAGAAAGCAUUAUUCUAGGCACACGGGCAGAGGGAUAGAUAUUCCAGACAACCACGGAUAACGAUAUGGCACGUGAAUUUUUUUUGAUACGGGGAAGUAGUUCUUCUACUUUCUUGCUCGUUUGUUGUACUUUCUAUUCUAGCGAAUGCUAAGAUUGUAUAAAAAUGUAACGGUAGAGAGAUUAAAUUUAAUCUCUAGCAUUA